ACUAAAAAAAUUAAAAAUUGUACCAUUUUUUUAGGUUUAAAGAUUAUAUGAAUACAAAGUUUCAGUUCAACAUAACGUUGGCUCCCAUGUAAAGCCUUCUUUGAAUAUAACGUUGAAUUUCUUUCCAAUUUUUUCAUCUCAAGAAAUCGAUUUUUAGGUAAAACUAGGUAGGGUUCUAUAAAAAAAAGAACAAAAGGAGGCAAUGUGGAAAAAUAUGAAAUUUUCCACCUGUUGACCAUCAUUACGAGUUUUUUUUCUGGAAGGCAUUGUUUUUUGGAAAAGCUCAACUUUAUUAAUGCAGCAGGUUAAAGUACAGUAUAAAGUUUUUUGUUGUUGAAAUUAUAGAACUUUCAUAUUACUCUAUGGUAAACGGUAACACUGACCGUGGCUCACGAAUGACGUGUCAGAUGCCUUGUCAGCUACUAGACGAUGAUUCGUGAGUGCUGUCUCAAUUGGAGAUGCCAGUCAACGAUAUGUCAAUGAUCAGCUGUUGAUGCUUUGUUGGUUGCCUGUUUAGAAACACUUUUAUUGUGUUUAUUAUUGAGUUAAAGAGAGUGGUGUUGGUGGCCGCUAGGCUGCGCUCCCUACCGCUUAGUAUUAUUCGUUUAUUUGCUCUGUGUAAACCAGGCCUUAAGCCUACUACGUGCGUCUCGCGUUUACUCGACUCACCACACUUGCUUGAUGUUCGUUGUACUGUACGUACUGUAUUAUUUGCGUGUUCCUUGUUAAUGGCUAAUUGAUGCAAAUUUAUAUGAUUUGUUUUAUUUGUUAUUUUUCCAAUACAUCGUUUAUUUGUUCCUGAAGUUUGUCGUCUAUUUAUUUCAUAAAUAGAAGUGGCUGCUGUUAUGGGUGACCGCUACCGAGAUGACCAUCGUCAAGAUGACCGCCGUCGUGACGAAGAUAGAAGGAGGAGAGAUGAUCGUGAUUAUCACUCCAGUUCCAGAAGCUCGAAGAGAUCUCGUUCUGAUUCCAGAGAUGACUCUCGCCGAAAACGUCGAUCCAGUUCUGGUGAUUACGAUAUCUAAGCCGAACGUCGUCGGAUUGCUGAAUCCAACGCAAGAAUUGAACGCCAGCAGCGUAAAGACCAAGUGAGUCACGUGCAUGAACAACAACCCUGAUUUAUGUCUUGCUUUGUUUUGAAAAGUUUGAAAAACUUUGAACUUACGUAUAUGUUUUAUUGGGUAUUCAGGAACCAGUGCUGUGAGAACGCGGAAGUGCUCGUUCCCGUUCCCGUUCUUUGUUCUCACAAUAAAGAACGCCGUUCUUUGUUCCUUAUCGCUCCCAAAAAUCUAACACCUCGUUCCUGUUCCUAGUUCUUAUGCUUCAUAAGCAGAAGCGUUCCGGUUCCCGUUCCCGUUCUCGUUCUCAAUCAAAUUUCCAAAAUUUACGUUCCUGUGUUCCCGUUCCCGUUCCCAAUAGGGUUCUGUGGUACAAGCGAAGCCAUUUUUGAUGGAAAUUUUUUCAUUUUCCUCUAUUGUACCCAAAAACUACUGAAAGUUUGUGGAAAAAGCAUAUUUUUUCCUAUUUUUCAGAGUUUUGGGAGGUAAUUUGAGAACCCUGAAAAAACAUCUAAGAAUGCCAAAUUAGCACUCCGUUCCCGUUCCCGUUCUCGUUCUCACUAAUUUAAUGUUCUCGUUCUUAGUAAGAACGUUCUUCAAGAGGAUUUGUGUGAUUAUCCGUUCGUUCUUUGAAGGAAAUUUGAAAAGUUGCGUUCUUUAUGCGUUCCCGUUCCCGUUUUCGUUCGUUCUCACAGCACUGUCAGGAACGAGAAGAAGAAAGCAAACGUCGAAAAGAAGCUGAAAAUCGUAAACAGCGUAAAGAAGAAUCCGAGAAGUACCGGAAGCCGGAAGAGGCGAACUUAGCGUACCACCGAAACCCGAAUCCCCGACCGCCUCCGCCACCGAAUGCUGCUCACGUACCCCGACCGCCGCCGCAUAAUUGCUACAAUUGUAGCAGUCCGUAUCAUUAUGUUUGGGAAUGCCCCGACUGGGACAAAGGCCCGAGAUGCUUCAAAUGCGGAGAGUGGGGUCACCGAAGCAAGGAUUGCCCGAACGAAUACAGGGAUUAUCGCUCAGAGUUCGAGAUGCCGGAUGAUCUGUUGGGUUUGUAUCGCGCCGGUAUGAUCUCAGCUGGACAGAUGGUUGGCUUAAAGAAGAAGCGCGACGAUAUGCCUGAUUACCCGAAUAACAACCAAUCGUCGAAUCGUCGUGAUCAAUACCACGAUGAAAAUUCCCGAUAUCACGAUGACCAUUCAAGACAUCGCAAUCGCGACUACGAUUCUAAUAACCGACGCUCCCGAUUUUCACCCGACAGAAGCGAUCACCGCCAUGAAAAUCAUCGCGACAACCGGAGAUCGCCGAAUCGUAACCCAGAUGACGUAAAAGUCACUCAUCAGCGAGCACUUACUACGGAAGUGACGCCACCCGAACAAGCGUUACAAGCUCUGAGCCUGAACAAACCCGAACUGAUGGAGACCAGCGCGAGUGAUCCGUAUAUGGAUUUUCUCCUGAUUGAAUUCCCGAAGUUGCCAGUGAACGAGAUGAGCCCAACGGCAAUAGCUGAAGUUCACAAUAAAAUUCACCAGCUUGAACAUUGGCUCAUGUGCCUGAAAAAGAGUCUGGAUUUGCGCGUUCAGAUGUUAAACGUUGAAGAGGAAGCCACGCGUGAAAUUGUUCCAUUAUUUCCGUCUAACAACCCGAUCCCGAUUCCGCUGAUGGACGCUUUAGGGCCGGUUAUUUUGAACCACCCUCCCGUACCGCCCCCGACUAGUCACACCAGCGGCUCGAGCACGAAAACAACACCGGAAAAACGGCAACCGACGAAAGCCGAGUUAAAAGAAGACGAACCGAUUGUACCGAAACCAAUAAAGAAGUUUCCCGAGCCAAAACCCGAUGCUGGUAAAACACCGUUAAAGAAAUUCGCUGACAAUAUGUUCAACCCGCAGGCUGAAGCGAAAACACCGACGAAAACCGAUUCGCAAUUGAAAACCGGACCUGAAUUUCGAAAAAGUACACGACCGCGCCGAAUUACGCCGCCCUUUCCGAACCGGAGUUUCCAGAUUCAUCCAAAUGGUUUUAAACCUAUGCCGAGGACGUCAGGCACAUUUAUACGGCCACCGACGCCGACUGUACGAAUCGAAUAAAUCGACAUCACGACGUCCACACCGUCUGUUACGACAUCUGCCCCGAGUUCCACAACGCAGAACGUUGUCUCAUCAACAACGCCUCACGUUAACGCGUUGGGAAACCCAGUUGAUCCGCCGCGCCCGACUACACCGCCGCAGUUACACGCGAACCUGAGACAGACUGUGGAAAUCCCGAGUGAAGAAGACUGGACGCAGGAAGCGUACAACGCAGAUGCCCAACCAAUUCGUCGUUCCCGAGCGAAUUAUCGCAGUGUGCUAUUUUCGUACGUUCAAAAGACGAUGACGGAAAACAUUCCCGUUUUAACGACGCAACGCGAAAUUUUGGACGCCAAAAUCAUUCAACCCAGAUCCAAAGGCGCUGAUGAUGGAAUCUCCGUCCUUUCGUUAGAAGAAACAGCGUUUAUUUUCUCGCAAACCGAAGAACUGGAGCAAGCGAUUGCCGUUUGCAGACAAGUAGAAGGAGAUCCUGGAGAUUUAGACAUGGUUUUAAGCGCGUUAGAGUUUAUGCUACGUUUGUCCCGAGUUCACAACCUGACGCUGAAAGAAAUCCCGCAAAGGACGUACGAUAUCUUGCGCGUAGAACGGAUGACAAUCGCCGAACAGAAACGCCAUAGGGCGAAAGCAGCGAAAAAGCGCAACAAGGCGCAUAAGAAAGCCGCCGCAGAGUUCGACGAAGGCGUUUGCGAAGAUUACAUAUCGAACGCCGAAUCCGACUCCGAUAAAGAUAAUCCUCCGGACCGACCUUUGGGAAAUCACCCGCUUCUAGAACAAGCGUAUCCGAGAGACUGAUUAGUUUUUGCCCGAUUUUGUUUGUUUCCUGAUUUUGUUUUUGUAUAAGUAUUGUUUUUGUUACCCGAAGAUGAAUUUUGUGAUUUAUUUGUACGUUUUUGUUACCUGAAUUUAUUAUUUAAGCUGUAAAUACGUUGUUUAAGCGCUAUCGAGCGCAGGGAGGGAGUGUUGGUGGCCGCUAGGCUGCGCUCCCUACCGCUUAGUAUUAUUCGUUUAUUUGCUCGGUGUAAACCAGGCCUUAAGCCUACUACGUGCGUCUCGUGUUUACUCGACUCACCGCACUUGCUUGAUGUUCGUUGUACUGUACGUACUAUAUUAUUUGCGUGUUCCUUGUUAAUGGCUAAUUGAUGCAAAUUUAUAUGAUUUGUUUUAUUUGUUAUUUUUCCAAUACAUCGUUUAUUUGUUCCUGAA